AAAUGAUUUAGAUGAUCGAAAAUGCAGACGAAACAGCUGUAAUGACGCGUUGACUAGGUCUCAAUUUCCAAAUUACAUCAUCUACUUGUCUGAUUGAUCUCGACUGCAAAUUCUGCAAUCUCUUCUCCGCGGCAAUGGCGAUUCUGUCCAGAAGGAUCGUAUUCCUUUUCUUCGUUAUCUUCCUAUCAUCCUCAAUCUCGUCUCUCUCUUUCUCCCCCGCCGACGAGUACCUCGUCAACUGCGGCUCCAACGUUGACUCCACCGUGGAUAACCGCCGGUUCGUCUCCGACGCGUCGAAAGUGAAGUUCUUCUCAUCGGAAGGAUCAGUCUCCCUCCAAGGAGAAGAUCUAGCUCCGAACGUCCCUCAGAUCUACCGGACCGCUAGGGUAUUCGCCCGACAGGAAAAGUACGAGUUCCGUGUCCGCGAGAAAGGGACUCACAUGGUACGUCUUCAUUUCAAUAGGCUCUCUUCCUCUACAAUCGAUCUGAACGACGCUGAGUUUCACGUCACCGUUAACGGUCACGUCGUGCUUAGAAAUUUUAACGGCAAUGACGAUGACUCGUCGUCUAAAGUUAGGGAAUUUCUGAUUUGGGUAGAUGUUGGAGAGGUUGUGCUCAGGUUUGUUCCUAGUAAAGAUUCGAAAUUAGCGUUCGUUAACGCUAUAGAAGUUAUAUCUGCGCCUAAGGAUUUGAUUGCUGACGUUGCAACCUCUGUAUCUCGUGAUGGAACUGGCAAGUUGAAUGGUUUAGGUAAACAAGCCAUGGAAGUUGUGUACAGGAUCAAUGUUGGUGGUAGAAAGGUUACUCCUUUCAAUGACACCUUGUGGAGAACUUGGCUCCCUGAUGAUGACUUGUUCAAAACCGUUGAUGCGUCUUCUCACAAAGCUUACUUCACCGGUAGGAUUAAGUAUAGGCCCGGAGGUGCGAGUCGGGAAGUUGGUCCUGAUAACGUCUACAACACUGCCCGUGUGGGCAAUGUUAUGAGUUGGGACUUCCCCGUGAGCACGGGUUACAAAUAUCUGAUCCGGAUGCAUUUCUGUGACAUAGCUAGUAAAUCACUCGGUAUGCUCUAUUUCAACGUUUACAUCAACCGGAACUUGGCUUUUCAAGAUUUCGAUAUCUCUGACUCUACUGGUUACGUCCUUGCUUCCCCUUAUUACAUGGAUUUCGUGGUGGAUCUUACUGCUGAUUCCAACAACCCUUUAGGAUCAUCGAUUACAGUAAGUGUGGGACCAUCAAACAAGACCAGUGUUGAUGAGCAUGGGGUGGAUGCGAUGUUGAACGGUGUUGAGAUCAUGAAGAUGAAUAACUCGAUGGGGAGUCUUGAUGGGUUUGUUACCACAGAUAUGAUUCUCACUUCUUGCCCAAAUAGAAGAAACCUGAGCAUAUUCAUCGCAAUGAUGGCGUUUAUGUGUAUAUUCAUGAGCUUUUACGUUGUGGUUCAGAGGAAGAAAGUCAGAGAUGACAUUAGCUGGACCAAGCUGCCCAUGGACGUCCGUCAAGAUAAUCUCAAGUCUGGGAAUCAAUUUGCAGCAAGAAAGCCUUGAUGAUAAAUGCUUUUUGCCUGUUGGGUACACACAAACUUCUUCCUCGAGUAUUUUCCUACUUUGAUACGACUUUCUUUUUCUUUUGUGAUGUUUCUCAAGGGCGUUAAUGAUGUAUUGUACUUUUUGUUUUAUGUAUUUGUAUCUGUGUAUAUUUUACUCUCCGGUCCAUAUCAAAAUAUGUAUGUUGUUCACGAAAUAUGUUCUACUGUCUGUUCAUGUUAUUAUAUUUGA